AUGCGAGGCUCAAUAGAAGAUAAGCGGCCCCGAAGUCUCUGGCCAGUGGCUGUCUUUAUUCUGGCAUUGACGAUAUUGGGCAUAUAUGUCACCAGUGGUGAAGUGAAGAAAGAUUUAGGGAGAGACUUUAUGCUGUGGCGCUCCGGAAGCGUGGAGAGUCCCGCCCAGCAUCAGGUCCUCGGUCCACAAGCACGCACCUUCAAGGCACCACAGAAUUCCACGCCAGACGCUGGCCUCCAUUUCUCUCUCUUUGACGAGGCACAAUAUCUUAUAAAAGUGAGCCCUUAUUUGCAUAUUUCACCGGACGGUGUGAACUUUGAACUGUACGGGAUCUCGAUGUACCAUCAACUUCAUUGUCUUGAGGCGCUGCGGGACGCCAUCACGAACCCUGACCAUCGAGCACAUGAUCAUGAAGACACGGCAAAGGUUGGCAAGCAGACAGAUCACCUUGUUCAUUGCAUCGACUACAUAUCACAGGCUGUGGUAUGUACAGCGGAUGACACGAUCGAGCGCUCGAGCCGUCGCAGCAGCAGCGGGGAACCAAUCAUUGACGGAGGAGGUGUAAUUCACUACUGUCGUGAUUCCAGCACGGUGAGGACGGCGGUAGAAAAGUCGAAGGAAAAGCCCCUGUUCAAAUCUAGGCUAGAAGCUGGUGACACAGUGUCCGUGUUAUGGGAUGAGCAAACGGAUAUGCAUACCUAG